UCACUGUCGCUGUUUGUUGGGACACUUGCAGCAGCUUGAACCGGAGGCGGGACGCUAACGACUGUCUGGAUGUGUUGAACAUCGACAGUAUAAAACAGGUUAAUGCUGAGCUGAUAUCAGUGUGAUCGAACAGCAGCAGGAUGAACAACGCAGCUAUUUAUCCCCCUCCAACCGCCCCUGCGGCCAACGUGUUCGGCAAUGUACCUGGCUAUGAAGGCAUUGCAGCAGGAGGAGGAGGUUACCUGCCCCCUCCUAUGCCCAUGGUGCCUGUAGCCCCGCCCCAACCCGGCCCUGCACCUGACAACUGGAGCAUCCCCUCUCUGUCGGAGGAUGUGGCUCGUGAGGCGUUCAAGAGCUAUGUGUCGUCUCAGUGCUGCUACAGUAGCGGUCCUGCCAACAAUGGAGUCAUCACCAGCAUGGAGUCGAUCAACACCUACAGGUACCGGCUGGAGACGUUCACUGAGUCCAGGUCAACUGAUUGGGCCAACAAACCUCUUGAAGGUGAGCGGGCUGACUUCUACACCCAGCCCGCCCCCCAGCCCUGGGAGAUCCCGGUCACGCCUCCCAGCCUCUUCACCAAUCACACGGAGGAGAUCCGCGUGCCCUUCACCUCCACCAUCAAGGAAUGCCACAGCUGCCAUGCCACAGGGACGAUGUCGUGUCAAGAGUGCCAUGGAGAGGGACAUAAACCGUGCUUGGUGUGUAACGGCUCGGGGAUGAAGGGUGACGAGAGUUGCACUCCCUGCAAUGCUACAGGCAAAGAGAGGUGUAAAAUAUGUGCUGCUAAGGGAACGAUGGAGUGUCAGACCUGUAAAGGAAAACGACAACUGCUGAACUACAUCAAGCUCAAAGUGGAGUGGACUAACCAUGUGGAGGACCACAUGGUGGAGCAGAACUCUGGUCUGAACAUCGAUGACAUUCGCUCAGUGAGCGGGAAGGAGCUGUUCAAGAACAGCCAUUACCUGGUCUACCCGCUGCUCGGGUUCCCAAACCUGGCCAUCUCUGAGGCCUCUGAGCGUCUAGUCAAAGAGCACCAAAGCAAGUACGGCCAGUCCUCCAGGAUCCUGCAGCAGAGGCAGACAGUCGAGUUGAUCCCCAUCACUAAGGUGAACUAUAAGUGGGAAGGCAGCUCUCACGUCUACUUUGUCUACGGCAAUGAGCGCAAAGUCAGUGCCAACAAUUACCCAGCAACUUGCUGCUGUGUCGUCCAGUAGAGACACACACACAGCUCAACUGUCCUGAACAGUUAUUCUCAUUAUUGUUUCUUUUUUUAAUACUAUCACCUCCCUCCAGGACAACCUUUAACCAAUCACUGCACAGAUAUUUGAUAUUUUUCCACAAAAAUGGUCAAAUUAGACAAAUUCUUGUGAUUCUUCAGAUAUAAUCAUCAGUUCAGAGCUGCCGUUUGCUGCUCAGGUCAAACAUGUUAAUCUAGUGGUUCCCACAAAUUUUACAAUUAACAUAAAUAGUGCUCCACACUAACUAAACAGUCCUGGAGGGACUGGAUUUAUAUGUUUGUCUUUGUGUUUGCAGUUCUGCAAACACAGAGUCAGUUCCGGCUCUCAGACUCUACCUCCUGUUAGGGCGCCGUGAUGCUCCACCAGGUGUCCUAAUGAGAGAAAAUAAUGGACAUUAACUGCAGUGUUGCUCCUGUCAUUUAUCCUUCUUAUCAAGAAUUAAAUUUUUCUAGAUCAAAUUUAAUCUUUGACAUCAAGAACUGAAUUGUUAAUAUCCAAAUUUAAGAUUAUAUCCUUUACAAAAAUGAUUUUAUGGUUAAGCCGGCCUGAUGUAUCCCUCCUCAGAGUCCAUUAUUGUCUCUGUGUGGACGCCUGUGUUGGCCUUCAUGUCUCUGACACCAUCACCACUUACAAAGGUAUUUUUCUGUUACUGAACAGUUUACUGAAAACACAUGCAAGUACGUGCCUAAUAUCCUUAAUGUCCUCAGUACUACAUGGAAACCUCAUAUGUCCAAAAUAUUGCUGGAUUUUUAAGUCGUGACAUCUGACCUCACUUUUAGUCCAUAACUUGAAAUCUGGAAGCCAGGAAAAGAUCGAAUUGAUGACAAGUAAAAAGUAAGUCAAACAUGAGAAGCAGCAAAAAAUAAUUGAGACAUGAAGUUUUCAUCUGACAGACGUUAAUAUGUUUUAUAUAAUACUUGACCUGUGUGUAAUCAGAUGAUGGAGGAGGUGAACUGCUGCUCUGUGGGGCAAACAGAAAUACAGUUUAUAGAAUAACAACAGAAUCUAGUUCAGCUGGUUUCUACCUGUGGGUUAAUAUUACAUGAAGGUAGAAAAAUCACUUCAAAUGCUGAGAUCAGAGGUUUCGCCACAAACAUAUCAAGAUUUUCAUGACUUGAGGAACAAUAGCUGAUUACUUUUGUUUUUCUAUAGACCUGGUCACACCAGAAACUACAAUUCUCCAAAAAAAAAGUAAACUAAAAUUGUCAAAAAAAAUUCAAACUAAAAUUGUCAAAUGUAGCCUAUAAACAUUUAUGAAAUAGACGUAGUCUAAAGUAGUCUUUCCCUCUGACACAGGUGUGUUUUGCGGUCCCUUCAGGUAGUGUGCGGCUGCCUCAUUAUGUGUUUUUUGACCUGACGAAGAGUAGGAGUUUUUGACCGUAGUGUAGGCCUAUUGUUUAGCAAAGUGGUCAUUAUAGAUUUUUUCAUUAGGUAAACAUCUACUUUGAAUUUUGGAAUUGAUACGAAUUGUUUCUUUUCAAUAAAUAUGUUUGUAUAUGUAAUUGUUUAGAUGCACGGCAGUCAGAAACAAACUAGCAAGAAGAACACCUUAGAUUAUUAUGAUACAUUAUUAUCAUCCUGUAGGCCUAUAAAAACACUGCAUUAGUCAAUUGUUUUUUCUAAAUUGUAUGCUGCAUUUAAAUUCAGAUUGUGUUUCGAAUUUAACUACAACUGCGCGGAUGUGGAUGGCAUCAAAAGACGCGUGGACGUGCCCUUCACAGGUGCAGAAGUGCGCAGGAGAAAAUUACCUGUAUGGUAAAGGCAGAAUGCAAACACAAUAAAACAUUCUGUAAAGGCUUGAAGUGCUGCGAUGCCGUUUGUGGCACACCCAAGGUGCUGAAUGUUUGCGGAAAGUUUGUUUGAGCAACACAUAGCAGAAAUAAUCACAAAAUCAAUGCAUUCUAAUAGCGGGUAAAUUUUAGGUAUACAGCGACUCCAGGUGGUUCUAGUGUUAAAAUCAGUGCAUAUAGUAAUUUAAAAAGAACAACAACAACCAUCCAUGACAGCAUACAAACAAACAGACAAAUAAAGCAAACAAAAUGAAAUCGCAAAACAUUUAUAGCAUGAACUCAAGGAUACAAUUAACUACUUGGUGUCAUGAUCCCGUCCUCAUAACAUUAUGAUGUUGACGAUGAUUAUAAUGUGAACGGCAAUUUUUGCUAGGCUUGCUAAGUGUUUCCUGUCCUGCAUGAAGUCCAUUAAAGCCUCUUUUAUUGCUUCUCUGUCACUGUGACUCUCAGCCAAUCAGCUAACAGUCCACUAAGCUGAAGCGCUGAAAGGCAUUCUGGGCAGAAGGUAGGUAGGUAGGUAGGUAGGAAGGAAGGAAGAAGGAAUAAUAAUGUUGUUGUGGUCUGGAAACUAAAAACUUUUAGCUUAAACAAGGUGGGUUUUUUUUGUUAGAUCUUGAAAAGUUUUGGAGAUGCAUCUUUUCCACCUGACAACAGCAGUAUUAAACAGCUUUAACAUUAGAACUCAGGAUUUUAAAAAUAGAUUACAGCCUUAGUAAUUAAAUAUUUGUGUUUCUGUUGCUUCAUAACUUUGUGCAAUGGAAGAAACUUUCAGAGUUCGCUCAGACUUGAAUAUAUUAACAUAAAGGUUGUUGAUGGCCAUUCAUGUUCAUGUUUUAUUUUGACAAAAUUUCUGGAAUUUGCUAAAAAAAAAGAUACAUUUUAGUUUAAAGGUACAAUGUGUAGGAUAUGGCCAGAAUUUUUGUUUAAAACAUAUAAAAAAUGAACUAUCAACAGAAUGUGAAGAACGCAGCUGGUUGUCUAUGUGAACGCAUGGUUACAAAGCAAGUAUAUCUCCAGCCUUGAACUGCCCUCCUGCAGAAUAGCAGAGCUCCUGUAGAGGGCGCUCUGUGUUCAACACAGGUGUUUAACAGACUCGGCUGCUCCCUGCCUCAGUACAACCAAUUUAUAUGUGACAAACAGGACAAAGCCACUUCAGGUUUAUAGGUUUUACUGUUAAUGUGUAAAUGUUUUUAUAUAUAUAUAUAAAUUUACUAAAUAUGACGUAUCAUAAAACAGAAGAUUUGAUAGUCAGCUGCUAAACAGUGCCCUUUUUAAAAGAAUAAACAGCCAAAUUCACGUUAUAUACAUUUUUACAUUACAUUUAUUUAGCUGACGCUUUUAUACAAAGCGACUUACAAUAAGUGCAGUCAACCAUGUGGAUACAACCCAAAAAUUACAAGAUUUAUGCAAGUACAUAAACUUCAUCAAAUAUGCUGAACUGCUUCAAGUGCUACAUUUAUAAACAAUAAGAGAUAAAGAGUUGUUUUAUUCUUUUUUUCGUAAUAUCCAUGUUGCUAAUUGUUUAUCUUCAGUGAUUGAUUAUUUAGUUUUAUUUUUUCUGUUGUCAGUGUAACACUUUUCAGCAGCUGACUGUUAAUUCUCAGACGUCGCAGCGUUCUUGAACACACUAAACACGGCUCAAACUGAAGUGAUGCUGCUGGAAUGUGAUGAAACGUUAUUAAGUGAAUUAUACCCCUUUAUCUGCGAUGUAAAUGCCUUAAAACAAUACUGUGACUAACAAACAUCUCUGCUACUAACCUGAUGGAUCUGAUUAUAUUAUUACUCUGUUAGUACUCAGUAAUAUUCUGUUGUUACAGUAGAUUAUUAAUUGUAUGUUACUGUUAAAACUGAAAAUAAACUCUGAGACUCA